AUGGCGGGCUGGCGGCGGGAGCUCUUGCGCACCGCCCGGCGCUACCCUUGGCCCACGAACGUGCUGCUCUACGCCGCGCUCUUCUCAGCCGGCGACGCGCUGCAGCAGCGGCUGCGGGGCGGCCCUGCCGACUGGCGGCAGACGCGGCACGUGGCCACCGUGGCCGUGGCCUUCCACGCAAACUUCAACUACGUGUGGCUGCGCCUGCUGGAGCGCGCGCUGCCGGGGCGCGCGCCGCGCGCCGUCCUGGCCAAGGUGCUGUGCGACCAGGCGUUCGGCGGGCCGGUGUACGUCUCUGCCUUCUACUUCGGUAUGAGUAUUCUCCAGGAAAAGGAUGACAUAUUUUUGGACCUGAGACAGAAAUUCUGGAAUACAUAUAAGAGUGGUCUGAUGUACUGGCCUUUUGUACAGCUGACCAACUUCAGCCUUGUUCCUGUUCACUGGAGAACAGCUUACACUGGGCUCUGUGGUUUUCUGUGGGCCACUUUCCUCUGCUUUUCACAACAGGGUGGUGAUGGUACCUUGAAGUCAGCUUUUACUUUCCUUUGUAUAAAGGGAACAACUGAAGUUGAAAGACCCCCAGAGAAAUGACAAGUCAAGAACUCCCUGAAAUUGACUAAUUUUUUCCCCUUAAAUGCAGAGGAUUGCCUGCAGAUGAAGUACCCUGCUUACCAGUUAUGUGCUCCAUUUUGAAGAAUUACUAUUCUGUAGACCCGAUUGUUUUUUAAUUAGGAAUGAUAACUUUCAAUUUUAUUCAAAUCUCCUUUUUUUUCAUUCUAAUCCAAAAGUAUUAUUGAUACUUCUCUAGUAUUUUCACUUCCCUAAUACUGUGGUUAAUAUCAAUAACAGUGGCAAAAUGGCAAUUUAUAAUCGUUACUAUUUCUGGUCUAAUAUUUUAUUGCCAGUUGAUUUAAGGAACUUCCAUUUUGAUUGUAUACAUUUCUCUUCUAAAAUCUCAGGUUAUCUCUUAAACACUUUUGGAUCAGAUUACCUUUUAUACCAAAAAUAGUCCUUAUAGUUAAUUUCUGUUUACACAGAAUUCAAUCAGGAAGAUUGAAUAACCAGAUUUUCCCCUAAAAUGCUGUAUAAUAAUUUAUUGUUAUGCUAAUAUUAAAGUUCUGCAAGUACGUUUUAUGUAAAAAAAUAUGUGCGCAGUGUAUGAUUAGUGUUCUGUAUAGAGUGUAUUUUACUGAUGUCUUCUACUUUUAUAGUUUUUAAUUAUUUUUUAGUUAAUGUUUUUUAGUUUUCAGCAUAGUCACUUGGCUAAAUAUCCCAUUUCCUAGAUAUAUGAAAUAUAUAAAAUAUUUGGCUUUUAAAAAAAAUAUAUUGAGUGAAGUUUCUAAAAAAAAUUAAUAAGUUUUCUUCUGGAAGGAAGAACUGUAUUCCAUAAAGUUCCAGGGAAAAUAGUUACCCCAAAUUCACACUGAUGUUAUCUUUUUUAAAAUUAGUGCUUUAACAUAAAUCUUUAUAGGUAAUCUUUAAGGCGUACAUGAGAAACUUGAUCCAGUUUUUCAGAUUUACUGUUUUUCUAACUACAAAACCAGUGGGUUUAACAAUUAUUUGACUAUUUCAAGAAGUUUUAGCAGUU